CAUCAUAAUUUAAAAUGUGAAUUCCCUGAUGAGGACCAUUUAAAUUAUUGUAAUCUUGUAAACUGUCAUAUGAAAUAUUCUGGAUAUCGAGGAUUUUUUAGUACAGCAAAUAAAAAAUGUGUACAAAUUCCGGAAUGCCAAUCUAAAAAUAAUAGUGAUCAAGCCUAUAUCUGGUCUAACAACCAAUGUGUAGAUCUAAAUCACACCAUUACACAAAAAGACAUUCAAGAAGUAUUGUAUAGGAUAAAUAACAAUAAGAACGACGAACAGUUCCAUACAUUCGACAAAAUGCAUUCUAACCAAAAAAUCCAUUGUCACAAUGGAUAUUUGAACAACUAUACCGAUUUUUGUGAAUGUGAUCUUGGAUGGGAAAAUGAAAACAAUAUGGAUUUGGAUGAUUUUAUACCGUCAACUAUACCAUUACAAAUGUGUACGGUUCGUCAGAAAAUUUCUAGAAAUCGCAUGCAGAGUUUAAAACAUGCUACAAUACCAGAAAACUGUACAUUCGUGGAACUUAUUUGUUCAUUGUUCAUUAGUUGUGUGAUUAUAAUAAAUAUUAUGUUGCUACUAUAA